AAAAAUCAUCUUGAAUAAUUUUUUCCAAAGGGAUUGCCCUGGUGCCCGCACAAGAUUGGCACCGUGGCUAAACAGGGAGUUGAAUGCAAUACUCUACGAAAACACCCAGCUUGUCGUGUGGCUAGUGGAUAUCAUCAUGGAUCACCUACUUCUCCACCACAUAUGCAGUCGUACUUUCCGCAAUCUACUCUAUGAAUAUCUGUACAACAAAACGGACCACUUCAUUCAUGAAUUUUAUAAUUUCAUGAGAUCUCCAUUUGACAUGAUAGGCUAUGAUCGAAAUGUGAUAUAUACUGAAAGGCCUCAAUCCCCUCCUCCGUAUGUGGUGAUGUUGCAAGACGAAGCUUCUGAUGAUGGUAAUGACAGUGAUGUGAUUAUAGUGGGCAGCAUAAAUCCUGAAGAACCAGUUGUUAUUGACCUUGUUAACACUGAUUCUGAUGAGCCCAUUUUAGUUUCUCCAGAAGAUCCCCCGGAACCCAUUCCCAUCUCAGAGCACAGCUCAGAAGGAGAGGGAGGAACACGUACGCCAGUACUGCCAUUGAAACUGAGACUCAAGCGCAAAAGACAGUCGAGAGAGAAAAAAAAGGAAAAACAGCUGAAAAAGAGGAGCCGUCAUCAUAGAUCAAGGUCAUCCAGCUCCAGCAUUUCAAGUAGUUCUAGCAGCAGUUCUGACAAUUCUCAUGCAAGGUACAAGAGACGAAAGAAGGUGAAGAAAUUUUCAAGGAAAAGAACACCACACUCUUCUUCUUGUAGUGAGACUUUGACAAAUGUUGAUAUUGAAAAAUCCAGUUCUGAUUCUGAAGAUAAUCUACCUCUGUCAACUUUAGCCCAAAAAAAGAAACACUUGAAAAAUAUGGCAAAACUCUACAAGUCUUCAAGAGAAAAAUAUCAGGAAGUCCCCAUGAAUCUAACCAAAGUUAGAGUUGAACCAGAAAUUGAAUCUGUGGGAAACAGCUCCAAUAUGCCGGGUUGCUCCAAGUAUUCUUCUAAUUAUUCCACUUUUCAAAAUGGAAUGUUUGAUAUAAAGAAAGAAGUCAAAGAGCAACCUUCCACUUCAAAUGCCAGUAAUAGGUAUGAUAGACCUCCGGAUACGGUUAAUGUAAGAAAGGAAAUAAAGGAUUCAACUUUGGGUUCCUCGAAUGCACCGACAUGUUCUAAAUACAUUCGGUCAAUUACCAACUCUUGUAAUUUUCACAAUGAAGAUCAUGGUCUGACAAGGCAUGGUGAGGAAUCAGGUGAAGACAAUUAUCCUCAAAAUCUGGUUAAAAAACGACCAGAAAACAAAUCCUUCGGAGUUAAUAGUGGAAAGGCUUAUAAAAAUAACACUAACAAACGUCUCAGGAAUUUAGUUAUAAAAAAAGAGGAUUCCAGUAACAUGUGGUAUUCCUACCCAUAUAACAACAGUUCCAGUUCUUCAGAAGAUUGAGAUUUACAGGAGUGGUAUAUACAAUAUUUUAUGAUUUUAAGUUGUACAGUUAUUUAUCGAAACAAUUUUAUAUAUUGUUGAACAAUAUUUUAUAGUUCAAUUGUGAAUAAAUUCAAUUAUGACUGGUAUUCUAUUCAGAGGACUUCCGGUUUUUUUUUUCUCUUUGUACAUGGAAAAUAUUUCCUGUUAAUAAAGAAGGCUACACA